AAGCAACUGAACGAGAGAGAGGGAGGGAGGAGAGAGAACGAAUGCAACGACCCAUAAGGGGAGCGAAAAUGGAGAUGGGUCUCGAAUCUGGACUGGAAGAUUCAGAGGCUGCGUCUCCCCAACCCUCAGCAAUGGUGGAGCUGGAGGGCGUCUGUAUGCCCCAUGAAAUCAAGGAGAACUGGGCUGCAAUCAGAGGCUUCCAAGCUCGGCCUGAUGACCUCCUUAUCUGCACUUAUCCCAAAGCAGGGACGACUUGGAUCCAGGAAAUUGUGGACCUGGUUCAGCACGGAGGAGACCUGCAGAAAUGUGCUCGGGCUCCCAUCUUCGAACGGAGUCCUUACAUAGAGCUGUUCCCCCCGAAACCCCUUUCCUCAGGGUUGGAACUGGCAGAGGCGAUGCCCUCUCCGCGCACGCUCAAAACUCAUCUCCCGGUCCAGCUCCUGCCGCCUUCCUUCUGGGAACACAACUGCAAGAUCAUUUACGUGGCCAGGAACAUCAAGGACAAUGCCGUCUCCUUCUUCCAUUUCCACCGCAUGAACAAACUUUUACCAGACCCUGGAAAGUGGGAAGAGUUUCUGGAGAAUUUCGUUGCUGGCAAGAUCCCCUAUGGCUUGUGGUUAGACCAUGUCCGUGGUUGGUGGGAGGCUAAGGACCGUCACCCGAUUCUGUACCUCUUUUAUGAAGACAUGAAGGAGGACCCAGCCCGUGAAAUCCGGAAAGUAGCCCAAUUCCUGGGCAUAGAACUCAUGGAAUCGGUUCUGAAGCAUAUUGUACAUCACACGACAUUUGAGAGCAUGAAAGCAAACCCGAUGGCUAAUUACACCACCGUGCCUUCCUUUAUCAUGGACCAUUCUGUAUCAGCCUUCAUGAGAAAAGGGACCGUAGGAAACUGGAAGGAGCACUUCACGGUGGCGCAAAGUGAACGGCUGGACAACAUCUAUGUUCAGGAACUGGGGAACAGCAGCCUGAACUUCCGCACUCAGCUAUAAGCACCCCACCGUGCCCCUUACAAAGCCGUUUUCACCCAGACGUGCCUGUUGAUUCCACCUGCGCAAAGGGAA